UGAGUCCUUGAUAUAGCAGCAUUUCUCCGUUGAGUAGCCUAUCGUCAACAUAAAAACAUGGCUCCAAAAUUAUACAAAAUGAAUCUUAGUCCGCCAGUAAGGGCUGUAUUAUUGUGUUCAAAGAUUGCAAAUAUAGAUCUGGAGUUAAUUGAUGUGAAUUUAAUGGCAGGAGAACAAAUGACACAGGAUUAUUUAAAGUUAAACCCUCAACAUACCGUACCACUUUUAGAUGAUGACGGAUUCAUUUUAGCCGAUAGUCAUGCUAUUAUGCAGUACCUUAUUGAAACAUAUGCUGAAGAUUCGCCUUUACUUCCAAAAGAUAUAAAAUCGAGAGCUACUCUCAACCAUAGACUACAUUUUGACACUGGCAUUCUCUUCGCAAGGGGGCUCGCAAUAACAAAAUUAAUAAUAUUUGAAUCAGUCAAAGAAGUCCCCGAAAAAUAUAUAGCUUUAUUAGAUGAGGCUAUUGGAAUAGUAGAAAAAUUUCUAACCCAAAACGAAUGGAUAGCUGGCGACCAAAUGACCAUCGCUGAUCUUAGCUGUGUUACCAACGUUACAACUUUUUCAUACUUUAUUCCAAUCACAGAAGAAAGGUUUCCAAAAAUAUCAGCAUGGAUCAAAAGAUUUGAGGAUGUGCCCCAUUUUAAAGAAAUUAACGAAGGAGUUAACGAUUAUAUUAAUGUUAUUGAAGCAGCCAUGAAUCGUGAUUAGUGAUAUUAAAAACGAUAACAUUCUUUUUCUAAAUGUGUAUCUGCACCAAAGCAACUUACUUCAACUUUUGUGUUUUACAAUGUUGAAGUAGGUUGAAUUAAGUUUCACAUUUUUGUAACAAAGUAUCUAUACCCAAGCAACUUUGUUGUUCCAAUGUUGGAGUUUGUUGCACGUAUUUGCGGCUAGAUGUAUCAUCAUGUAUCCACUGAAGCAACAGUUGUUUAUAAUGAGCGACGAAAGAGGCACCUGCUCCGGAUUUCUUCAUAGCCUUGUAUUUUUUCCUUUCUCCGUAGAACUGGGCUCACAAAUUUGUUAUUUUUGGUUUUGCCUCUUCUAUAAUUUCACAGUUUAGACUGCUACAAAUAUUGUACCUGGCAUCAUAUUUACCUUCUCUGCAUUUAUAAUUUUUGUCAGUUGCAUUCCAAAGAUAUAUAUAUCCUGUUUAUAAUUAUCUCUUAAAAUAAUACAGGCUUCUACAGUCCCUUUUAACACCAUUUUAUUAACCAAAUUCAGAAAACAAAACAAACAGUUCGAAACUUAUGUUAACAUUUGUAGCUGUUGCGCUAUGUUGCAAGAUUUUCUUUUAUCUUUACCGCCGAAGAUGGAAACACGCAACAGACUCCAACUGCGACAUAAACAUACUGCUUCACAACAACAGCCAACUUUUAUGUUGUUAUCGCAGUAAGUUGCGGUAUGUUGCUUUGGUGGAGACAAAACUUAAGAAUAUAUUAAGUGUUUAUCUCAGUGAUUCAAAAACAAAAUAAUUUUCCAUAGCAUGUGAGCACAUACAGUUGUUCCAACAGAUCUUAGUACAAACGUAAUUAUUGAUUUGCAAAAAAUUUAAAUCAAAACAUUAAGUGUAACGUUUAUCUUCAUUCAUACGUCUACCGUUUGAAAGAUGCAAAUCUCACUGUCAAUUUUGAGAAAUGCUAGUUUUGCAGAUCUUCAUUGCAAUUUCUUGGAUUUGUAGUAGAUAAUCAAGGGUUAAGAACUGAUCCUGGUAAGGUCCAGUCUAUUUUGGAAUAUCAUGUACCCACAAAUACAACCCAGAUACGUAGGUUGAUUGGCUGAAUUGGUUAUUACCGUAGGUUUUUAAACAAUUUUGCUACUAUUUGCAGUCCCAUUUCUGACUUAUUGAAAGGCAGAAAGAAAGGUCAACCCAUUACUUGGACUCCUGAAGCUGAUGAAACUUUCCAUAAAAUUAAACAGGUUCUUACAACAGCUCCUGUUCUUGCAAGUCCUGAUUUUUCCAAGCAUUUCUAUCUUGCUUGUGAUGCAAGUGACACUGGUGUGUGUGGUGUUUAAUUUCAAAAGGAUGAUGAAUUAGAACAUCCUAUUGCUUACUUCAGCAAAACUUUAACUAGAGCUUAGCGAAAGUACACAACUACUGAGAAAGAAUUGUUAGCAAUUUUGCUUUCAAUUGAAAAAUUUAGAUGCUAUAUUGAUGGUAGUGAUAACUUUACUGUGAUUACAGAUCACGAGAUCACUCAUCAUUGCAGUGGUUAUACAGCAUGAAGAAUCCUUCUCCUAGAAUUGCUAGAUGGAUAAUGAAACUGUCUUGUCACAAAUUUAUUGUAGUAGCUGAUUCACUUUCAAGAAUUCCUGAAGCAUCUCUGUUGAAUCAAGUUUCUCUGUUGAAUUUGUCUGAUUUAAAAACAGAUGCUUGGUAUCUUGGUAAAAGUUACAGAUAAUAGUGAUUUAUAUCCUGCCUUUAAGGUUCAAGAUAAUGUUCUUUACAAACAUGUUUUUUCUAAAUUUAAAUUUUCUGAUUCUACUCCAGAAUGGAAAAUUUUUGUUCCUGCUCCACAUAAGAAGGAAAUAAUUUUGCAUAUGUAUCAUGAUGAUCCUACAGCUGCUCAUUUAGGUGUCUUUAAAACCCUUUCUAGGAUUUCAGAACUUUAUUACUGGCCUAAAAUGAGACCUUUUGUUGUGAACUAUGUUCAUAAAUAAUAUCGUGAUAUUAAUUUUCCUUUUCAAUUUUUAUUUGCUGAUUUACUUAGUCCGUAUCCUACAUCUAAAAGUGUAAAUCGCUUUCUUUUAGUUGUUGUUGACUGAUUUACAAAGUUUAUGUUUGUACAUCCUUUGGCUAAUGCUACCGGGAUAAUAACCAUAGAAAUGGCUGUUAUCCCGGUAAAAUGGCUGUUAUCCCGGUAGACGUAUCUUAUAAAGUUAUUUUAUUGAAAUCUAUUUUUUCACUAUUGCGGAGAUUAAUGGACUCAACAUUAAAGCUUGAACAUCAUACCGGCUAUUACUAAUAUAAAGAUAAAUAUAGAAAUGUAAUAAAUAAAUAAAAAAAACAAAAAUUAAAACAGUCAUCUCGAAAAUAAACAAAUAAGUUUCCAUUCGACAGGACAAUAGCCAGAUUCAUGUAGUUUACUGAUAUUAUUAUAUAGGUUGAAACAUAUUAUUUGUCACAUUAGUUUAAAAAUAAAUAAUUACCCGCAGUAAUAAAAAAAGAAGGCAACAGUUAGUAGUUAUAACAAUUAUGAAUUUUGCCAUACUGGUUUCUGUGAGUAAAAAAAGAGACCUAGUAUAAAAAGUAUUUAGUAAAGAAUGUCACCAUGUGUAAAGAUCUGUUGGAACAACUAUACCUACACACGGCAUAUGAAUACAAUGUAUAGAAUGUAGGAUUUUGAAGUGUUCAUUAUUAUGUAUUAUUUUUAAUAUGAAUUAAAAAUUACAAAAUACAGGUUUAUGUAAAAA